GUAUGAGAAUGAGAAAGAAACAGCAAAGUGUUUGAAACCACCGGCUAUAACCGGUGACCCAAACUAGGUACCAACUACCAGCAACUUGUAUAAAAUACGUGCGCACAAACACAUCACUCAUAUUUUUAAACUCACAAGCAUUCCAAUCUUCCUUCCAUUUCUCUCAAACCAUGGCCCAUGCGUCACAAGGCCACCACAGCUCGAGCUCGGCGAAGCGGCUGUCACUCAGCUUGCUCGUGUCCAUGUCGGCCUUCAUGGCCCUGUGCGCCAAGAAAGCGAGCCAAAUCUCAAGAAAGCUCAUCAAAGCCAAGCAAAAGAGUUCCAGAUUCAUGCCAAAAUUACCAUUAAGGAGUCCCGGCAAACAGGUCUUCAUCAAGAAAAUCACUGGAAGAAACAAGAAAAAGGCGGUCUACGACAAAAGAGAUGACGGUGAGGAGGUCCCCGGAGACGGAGGGGUGUGGCAGAGGACGAUCCUGAUGGGGGAUCGAUGUCAGCCGCUGAACUUCUCCGGCGUAAUUUACUACGAUGAGAAUGGCAACAGGCUGGACCAACUGCCGCCGAGAUCGCCGCGCCACCUGGCGAGUCCCUUGCCGGGCUACCUCACAAAUGCAUUUACAUAGAAGGACAUGGUCACCAAUAACUUAUUAUCUUUUCUCUCUUUUUUUCAGCGACUUUGCUUAUGUUUAUUGAAUAGUUUCCAUGAACAAUCUGUAAUAUUCGUUGCUGUCAGUGUUAUUUCAUGCAUUUUUGUUUGUA